CAAACUCAUUGUUCCCAAUUAGGUCCUAUCAUCCUUCACUUCACUUCCACUGCAUGUAUGUAUAUAAUUAUUACUAGCCGAAUCAUCUCUUCUAUGAGCAACUGGGUUCAUAUUAUAACUUCUCCCUCCCUCCCUCUGAUCUUCAUAUGAGUUCUUAAAUAUACCAACAAAACAAUUAAUCAUCAUGAAAUACAUGAAACUGGGUAAUCGCCCAGACACCUUCUACACAGACGAAGCUACCAGGACUCUCAUCUCCGAUAUUCCAACCGAUCUUGUCAUAUCAAUUCAUAACACAACCUAUCUUCUUCACAAGCUGCAGCACGCACUUCUUCCCAAGUGUGAGCUCCUGUUAACCAACUCAAAUGAUGUCAUUUCAAUGGAGCUUCACGAUAUCCCUGGAGGAGAAGACUCUUUCGAGCUUUGCGCUAAGUUCUGCUAUGGAAUCGCCAUUCAACUCAGUGCCCGAAAUGUUGUCUCUGCAUUUUGUGCUGCCAAGUUCUUACAAAUGACUGAUGAUCAGAAUAACAGCAGCAAUUUAGUCCAAAAACUUGAUCUUUUCUUCAAAUCCUGCAUUCUUGAAGGUUGGAAAGAUUCCAUCGUUGCUCUUCAAACCACAACGGAUUUACCCAAAUGGUCUGAACGUUUCGGGGUUGUUAGGAGUUGUAUGGAUUCGAUUCUUGACAAGAUUCUUACCCCACCAUCAAAGGUGACAUGGUCGUUUACAUACACAAGACCAGGCUACGAACAAAAGAAUCAUCGGUCGGUUCCUAAAGAUUGGUGGACAGAGGAUUUAUCCGACAUAGACAUUGACCUGUUCCGAUGCAUUAUCACAGCCAUCGUCAAAUCAACGGCUACAACUCCAUUUUCUUCUCAGCUGAUUGGCGAAGCCUUACAUGUCUAUCUAUGCCGUUGGUUACCACUACCCAUAAACCAAAAUCAAACCAAUCAUGUAGCUGCAGAAAGCUCAAACGGGCAAUCAGAACAGAGGAAAAUCGUUGAGGUUAUCUCUGGCCUUAUUCCUUCUGAGAAAGGAGCUGUUUCCUUUAGAUUCUUGAUGAGGCUACUCAGUAAUGUAAACAGUUUACGGGUUUCUUCAGCAACGAAAGCAGAGCUUAUAAGAAAGGCGGGUUCUCAGCUUGAGUCCGCUGCGGUUGAUGAUCUAUUGUUGGCUAAUCACGACAUUGAUACAGUCAGAAGGGUGGUAGAGAGCUUCUUGACGCAAAAUUGGAGAAAGAAUAAUCGAUCUUCUGUUAAUCACAACAUGUUAAUCAUGAAGAUAGGAAAUCUUAUUGAUUCUUAUCUUCAAGUAAUUGCCAGAGAUUCGAGAACUACUGUUUCCAAAUUCUUAUCUCUUGCUUCAUCCUUGCCUGAUAUCGCUAGGCAAGAUCACGAUCAUCUUUACAAAGCCAUCAACAAUUAUCUCAAGGAGCAUCCGGAAGUGAAGAAGGAAGAGAAGAAAAGGAUUUGCAGGAUUUUGGACUGCACAAAAUUGUCGCCACAAGUGUGCAGCCAUGCUGUGAGGAACGAGAGGCUUCCAUUAAGAACAGUGGUUCAACUCCUCUUCUUUAGUGGACUAGACAACAUCAAUAUCACUUCUUCAACAAAAACUACUAAUAUUCCAUCUCAGCAGGAGGAGGAAGAGGAGAUGGUGGAAUUAGAUUCAAUUACACAUGAUGGCUGUGAUCAGAGCAAGCGAAAGGGUAUAAGGAACAAAGAAGGACUUGAUCAUACAUCUGAGAUGAUGAGUAGAAAUGGUACCCCAAGAAUACAAAGGAGAUAACUGGCAUCAAAAGCAUAUUGCAGAGUUGUGUAUGAAAUCAAAAUUAAAACCAAAUUAAGAAAUCAAAAUUAGAACUAGUGGUUGUUUAAUUUACAUACAUUUCUCCCAAAUAAAACAGGGGUUUCCUCUGUCGUAGGCAGGUCUGCUAUUCAAAAUUCACUGCAUUUUAUUGUAUUAUUUGAACACAAAGUUGUUGUUGGUAAUUAAGAUCAAUUUGUUGUCA